UCUAGCGCCAUUCACAACAAAGAGACUGUUGAGCGAGUGGUUUUCGUUUAGUUGUUUUUUUUUAUUAUUUUGCACGGAAAAUACCCGUUCUCUGGCAUUUCCGAAAGUCUUAUCUAUUAAUAGCAAACAUGCCGAAGCUAAAGAGUUUGCUGCCCAACAUCUUUGGCGGCAACACCAACAACAGCAACAACACACCAUCGGAGGGACGACUAGAAACAGAUGCAUUACCAGUUGAUGAGAAUGAAGAUAACAAUAAUAGUGGCGCUUUGUCACUGCCUUCGCAGACGCCAACGGCAUCAGCUGACCUAACCGAAUCCGUGCUGCGCGAACUCUCCGAUCCCAACUACAACUCGAUGGAUGUGGUGCAGUCCGCACAAAUUCCAGGCUCCGCCCUGGUCAACAGCAGCAGCACCAGCAAUAACAACAACACCAUGAAUACAAUGAAUGUGCAUAGUGCGCAGCAACAGGUGGUCAUGAACUUCUCGAAUGCGAGCAACUUACACUUUGGCUCCGUCUAUAAUUUCAAUCAAAAUCUAAGCGCCUCCAGCUCUCGCAAGAGCAGCACAAGCGCCACCGAUGAGGGCGCCAUAGCAGCGUUGCAAUCACCAGAUGGCAAGCGACACUUGCCACGCAAAACCGUUAGCAUUGUGGCAAUGAUGCAGUCGCAAGACGAACCAGAUAUGCGCAUCCUGGACGCAGUAGCCACACAUCUGGGUGAGGGCUGGAAGCAGAUAAUGCGCGAACUGGGACAUUCCGAAGGGCAGAUCGAACAGGCGAUUAUAGAUCAUCAGGCGCAUGGCAACAUCAAAGAGGUGAUCUACCAAUUGUUGUUGCAGUGGGUGCGUGGCGCAGACGAUGGCGUCGCCACCGUUGGACGGCUGACAACACUGCUGUGGGAGCAGCAGCAUCGCGAGUGUGUGCAGCGCAUGAAACUGGUUUGGAAAGCGCUUGAGAAACGUAAAACCUCCAGUUAGCUGUUAAUCAAUUAAUUGCUGUGCUUCCCCCCAAAUCAAUGUAUGAACCAAACAGGGCAUUUUUAAACGGCGAUUCAUUCGAAGCAAAGAACUCUUUGAUGUUCGUCUUCUUUAUGAUAGUAUGUGUUCUCCACCCUCGCUCUCCUCGUCCCUCAACAUCACAGCACAUACUAUAUAUGUAUACAUAUACACAUCUUACUAACGCACGUUGAAACGUUUUCAAGUACAUAGUUUGCGAUCUCAGCAAACAAGCAAUCCAUUUGUGCAAUAACUUUUGUGUGUGAACAUUUUCGACCGAAACGGAAUCGGCAUUGUAUAAAUAUAUGAUACAAUAUAACCUUCGAAUAAGUGCCUUGAAGUCUAUCCUCAAACGAACUUGAUUUUUUUCCUCUUCUGUAAAAUGUGAUAUUUAAGUCGAACGCUACACAAAAGCAACACAAUAUUGUUAUGCAAGUAAUACACAAUAAAUAUACGUUCCAAAGUGAC